AAUUUCCUGGAGACGGAAUCUUUAUUUUUCAUUUGGAAAAUGGCGGCUUCUAGCCCAACUUGUGCCCCAGAUGGGGUGGGGGACGAACCUGCUUCUGAACCCGAACAGGAGACCGACCCAUGGAUGGCACUGGGACCGUUCGUCAAGAGAGAACCUGAGAUAAAAUUAUUGAGUCCGAUCAGUGGUCUCGAGCCCCUCGCGUGGUCUGAGGACCACCGACUUUCAGCUUCUACCUCCACCAGUAUCUCUGUUGUGGAGCUCGUGUGUGAUAUUAAUGUUCAUAACCAGGACUUGAUUCUACACCGAACCAUGAUUCCCGUACCGGAGUCUGUUUACGAGUUGAAGGUGGGCCCAGAGGAAGAAGUCUCGAAAGUGAAAAAUGACUUGGCCUCAUCGAAUGACCCGACUGUGUCACAGCUCUUCAUGAUCGACAAAGUUAUGAAUCCCCAGACAGGGGUACCACGGGGAGUCAAGUACACCAGCUGGUCACCUCUGGGCUGUGACGUCAAUGGCCGCUGCUUGCUAGCCACUCUCACACUGGACAACCGGCUGACGGUGCACAGCAGCCGGAAACGCCUGCAGUGGACGCAGGAGGCGGACUUAACCAAACUGUAUGGUGAAAUGCUAGCGUCCCGUAACUACUCAUCUGUCGCACCGGACAGCUCAUCCUCUUCCUCAUCUUCCUCAACCACUCCUGCGCCACUGUCAGACCCCGAGGAGCUGCGGCGGCGCUACCGCAUGCAGACACCCGUACGCAUGGAGUGGUCGAGCAUGUGCACCACGCAGCAGGUGCAGACCAACAACAAGUGCCAGGAGGUAGAGACGGUGCUGCUGGCAGUGCUGAUGGAGAACGGCGACCUGGUGGUGUGGCAGUUCCGCUUGCCGCUGCAGGGCGAGGACGCGGUGCUCUCCUGCAACACCAUCCCCUCGGGCGUCGCCUCGCCCAGCGUGCUGGCGUGGUGGGAGUACGAGCACGGCGGGCGGCGCAUGAGCGGCCUGAUCGUGGGCAGCAGCUCCGGGCCAGUCAAGAUCCUGCCGGUCAACCUCCGCGCCGUCAAGGGCUACUUCACGCUGCGGCAACCCGUGGUGUUGUGGCCCGAAUCGGACCGCAUCCCCGUUCACCAGAUCCGCUGCGUGACUCUUUUCCAUCCGCAGCACAAGUGCAACUGCAGUCUGGUGGUGGCGGCGCGCGGGUCUUACCUCUUCUGGUGCCUGCUGCUAAUCACCAAGGCUGGCCUGAACGUGCACCACUCUCACGUCACCGGUCUGCACUCCACACCCAUCACCUCGCUGAACGCCGGCCACCACGGCGGCUCGGUGUACACCUGCGCCCUGGACGGCCACGUCAAGAAGCUCACGCCCAUUUUCACGGACAACGCCGUGAUCUUUAAGCAGGAGGAGGUGCCCCUGCCCGAGGGUGUGAUCGGGAGACGCCUGCAUGGCAUCAGCAUCAGCCCGUACGGUGCUUACAUGGCGCUGGUCACCACGGAGGGCAUGACCAACGGGCUGCACCCGGUCGAACGCCACUACCAGGUCCAGUUUGUGACGCUGAAGACACCUGAGGAUGCUGCCACUGAGCUGCUGGAGUCGGGCGUGCAGAAUCUCUUUCGGCAGGCCGACCUGCUGGACCUGCUGCGCUGGAAGGUGCUCCGGGACAAGCGCAUCCCGCCGCUCCUCCUGGACGAGCUGGACGACAAGGUGCACAGCGCCAGCACCACCUACCUGUGGAGACUCAAGCUCUUCCUGUGCCGCGUCUUCUACCAGUCGCUGAAGAAGUCGCCCGCAGAGUCGCGCUGGAGGCCCAACCACGAAGACCACAAAGCCCCCAUGUUGGGGGAGGACGAGGGGGAGAGGGGUGAGGAUGGUGAUGGGGCAGAGGAGAGCCAGGUCCAGGGGGAGGGAGAGGGGGAAGGGCCGAAGGGGGCCAAGGCCGAGGAGGACAGGAUGAAUGAAGUGCAGGCCUGGAUGGAGGUGGUCGAGGUGCACCUGACACGCGAACACAUGAAGCGGGUCCUGGGAGAGGUGUACCUGCACACCUGGAUCACGGAGAACACCAGCAUUCCCACGCGAGGUGUCUGCGACUUCCUUGCCAGUGACAGUUGCGAGGACCGGGCGGCUACGGUUCUGAUUGGACACGUCUGUAAGAAGAUGAACAAGCAGACGUUUCCAGAGUACUGCAGCCUGUGCAAAGACAUACUUCCCUUCAACGACCGCCGGCAGGCCGUGUGUCCAAACGGCCACCUGUGGCUCAGGUGUAUGCUUUCAUACCAGGCAUGCCAGUCCGUGAGCUACAGGCGCUGUUUACUGCAAGAUAGCAUCGCUCGGCUGCCGGGGCCUGAAGACCCGGAGUGGAUCAAGAGGAUCCUGCAGGGACCGUGUGUAUUCUGUGACUCCCCCCUACUUUAGGAUCCCACCCGCCGCUGAGGGGGGCAAAGGUCACUAUGCCUGAAGCAGCCAAUCAGGAUGGACCAUGCUGCUAACAGAUGCCAUAAGAACUCCAUUUCAUGUUGUCAUAUCAGCAUACGAGAGUGAAUUUUAUUUGGUAUUUUGCAGAGUUUUUAUAUACAUGUUGGUGUGUCUAUAUGUAUAAAUAAACAAUUCUUUUCGUUGGAAA